GCUUCUUAGCUCUCACAUAUGUUUAUGAUAACGCAACUCAUGGUAAUGCAGUUGCCCCCUUGCUAUUCGCGCAGUAAUUACCAGUCAGCGUCGGCACUAUAAACGGCUUAUUGAAUACCUGUUAAGCAGAUAACUUCCUUCUGCAUUUUCAUGCUCCAUGCGCAAGCUAUGAGAAAGACCAAAGUCGCCACGCACGCACUGGCGCUGGCGCCGGCAGCCUCAGCUGAUAUCUGGGUGUCUUAAACGAUCUGCGUGUGCCUCACUGGUCUUAUAUGGAGCUUACCCGAGCUGGCUUCGGGUUUGCACGACGACAGGAGGAUGACCACCGCGACCCGGGUCGGUCCCGCGGGGGCUACGUGGCAAAAAGCAACAAAGCAGUAUGCCGAUGAUCUUAUCUCGCGCACGGAAGAGCCUUCUAUACUGCCACUUAUCCAUGAGGCUGCUGGCAGCAUCCGCACACAGCGUGUCCUUGGCGCUCUCAUCUUGGAUGACACCCAGCAAGGCAGCAGCAGCCGCACCGGCGCGGGCCCACCAGCAGCUUGCAGUGGCUAUUUUUCCUCUAACGCAGCCGACUGUGCCGCCGACGACCUGAGUGACAGAAUGCAGCUGCUGCACUCCGUGGGCUGGCUGCCCGACUGUGCCGGCGUGUCGCGCCCACGCGAACUGUCAUGUCAACCUGUUCCCGGGAAAUUAUCGGGUGCGCAGCCUGGCCGGAUGGGAAAGGCUCUGCCGGCGUCGCAACAGCUGCCGAAAGCCGGGCAGAAUCGCGCAACCGCGUCCUCCGUCAGCAGCGUCCCAAGUGCCGCCGCCCGGGUGAGCGGCGGAGUGCGGGCCAGGCAGCUCAAGCACUCGGGUGCCCUGGUACCCAGCGGCACCAGCGCAGAAGGCGCCGGGAACAACCCCACCAGCGGCGGUCACAGCCAAGGCAGACUGCGAAUCUACGCAGCUGCCAUUGCCGCCGCUGCAGAAGCAGCUGCUGUCGCGGCGGCUGCCAGCUGCGCUCCUGACGACAGCCGCGGCAGCGGCAGUUCGCGCCUGAUGAAGGGCACGGCGGCGGCAGGUGCGUUGCUGAGCGCACCUGUCAAUGGCCAUGAUGACGUCAGGUCCAACGCCAAGGACACGCAACUCAGCCACGACGACGACACCGGCAGCGCGCCGGUGUUUGCGAUGGCGCAUGUGAUGGGGCAGGCGGCGGCUUUGAACCCCCGCACGGCUCUGGCGGCGCCCGCCGCCGACGGCGUCGACGCCUUCGCGGCGGACGCGGCCUUGGCAGACGACAGCGCUGCAGCAGUGCGGGAAGCCGGCGCCGCGGCGGCAGCGGCGAGUGACAACAGCAGUAGCACGUGGCUGUGCUGGCGCAGCGGCAGCGGACAGGACAGCGGCUGUGACGACGACGUGUUAAGCUGCAGCGUGACCUGUUGGCAUGCGGCCUCGCCGUGCGCCCAGCCGCCGGUGCCCUCCAGCGGCGCCGCCGCCGCCGCUGGUGCGGUACGGGAGGCGGGUCCGAUGCAGUAUGCGUACAAUUGCGGCGGCGAAGACGACAAAGCCUAUCAGUACGAGUACGAGGUUUGGGGUGGCCGCAAUGCUGGCGCUUACUGUCAAGUCGCCAGCGAGACCGACAACGGCGUGUUGUUUUGGAUCAGCCCGGAAUCCACUCACCAGCUUGCGCCCGCCGGCAGACCUCAGGGCGGCAAUGCCACCGGCGGCAACGGCGGCGGCGGAGGCGGCCGCAUCCCGCCGCCGUCUUCGCCCUGUGACCUCGCCGCUUGGGCUGCUGCGGCGCGGGCCGACGCCUCCGCCGUUGCGGGCGGCGCCGCUGCGGCCAUGCUUGCAGGCAAGGGUGCGGGCGGCCGCGCCGGCGGCAGCAGCGGCAACAUGUGGGUCGAGCCGUUGGACGUGUGUUACAUGAUGCGCGCGCUGGAGCCGUGGGUGUGCGCAACGCCCGGCGGCGUGCUGGUUGCGCCGGCCGACUCCGCCCCCCACGAGCCGUACUGCGCCUACCCGUACGGGCAGCAGCAGCAGCAGCCGCCGCCGCCGCCGCCGCACGUUUCUCCGUUGCGACUUGGCAACGGCGGCAUGUGCGGCGGCGGCGGCGGCGGCGGCGGCGGUGACGGCGGCCAUGUUGACAGCUAUGGACUGAGUGCUGCUGACGGCAUGGGCGGAGGCGGCGGAGGCGUGCGGACUGCUGUCACGGUUAUGAUUCUGGGCGAGGAGGCGGCCGGCGCUGGCGAGGAGGCGGAGACGGAGGCGGAGGCGGACCUGUAUGUGCAUGUCUUGGGAGACAGUCAGACGGGCAACUGCGUCGGCGGCGCCGGCAUCGGCUGCGGCUGCGGCUGUGCUGCCGGCGUCGGUGUAAUGGACUUGCUGAUGGCGCCGGUCGGCGGCGUCAGUGCCGGCAACGUGGGAGUUGUCAGCGGCGCCAGCGAGAUCAUCAGCAGCAGUGCGUCACGGCGCGGAUUCGCCUGGACUGAGCUCUUCGGGUGCACGUCGUCUAAUGGCGGCGGCGCGGCGGCGGCGGCGCCGCCGCUGCAGUCGGCGCCACCGACUGCCGCCGGCAGCCCGGCUGCCGCGGUAACCGGGGCGGCGGCCGCAGCGGCGGACGAGCGAUGCCCGGAUGCCGCCGGUGUCGCCGCUGAGGAGGAGGGAAGCGAGUUCGGCGGCGCCGCUGCUGCCGGCAUUGUUGCGAUCGAUGGGGCUAGCGAGGGUGCCCGCGCCGCGCUGGUGGCCGCAGCGCGCGGUGGCAAGGUGAUGCAAGUCCAGCCGGUUGACAUCCUGCGCCUGACCCUGCGCUCCAACGGGCCCUCCACGUCCUCGGCAGCGAACUACAGCGGGGGCGUUUUUACGGCUGAGACUGAGACUGCGACUGCGACCUCAGCGGCAGCGGCAGCAGCGGUAGUCCCCGUGGUGCCGUUAGCGGCCCGCAGGCCGCCACAGCCCCUACAGGCCACUGCAGCGGCUGCGCCCCCGCCUCCGCCACCGCCGCCGCCGCCCGCGCUAUGCGGCCCGGGUGUGUCGGUGACGGACGCGGCGGCUCUCGCGGGCUCUGCGGACCGCCUCGGGCUGGCCAUGGACGUGCACCAGUUCUAUGAAGAAGAGCCCAGACACGGCUGCCGCGAUUCCGGCGGCGGCGGCAGCGGCGGCGUUGACAGCGGCGGCUGCCAAGCGCGUGGUGCGCUGGCGGUAGCUGCUGUGGCGGCCGCUAUGCCGCCAACACAGCAGCUACAGCAGCUACAGUCGGAGCCGCUGACGCCUCAGCCGCUGACGCCAAGGCCGCAGGGCAGCAACUGCGUGAUGUCUGUUGGCGCAGUGGUGGCGGCGGCCGCGCAGCCGGCGGUACAUGGUGCUGCGCCGCGGGCGGCGCCGCCCUCCGCCUUGGGCACUCUGAAAGCCGAGGAUGACGACGACGAUGCCGGCGGCAGCAGUGCCGCCGCCGCCGCUGAGCCGCCGCCGCUUGACGGCAAUGGGUGGUGCCAGCGGCCGCGGCGGGAAGUCCGUGCCGUGUCGCCGGCUGGCGGGAGUGCCGCACCCAUGUCCGCCUCAGCCAUUGCCUCGGCCGCGGCCGGCGCCGGCGCCUCUGGGCCUACGGCCUUGGCUUUACCGCCGCGCUCGAGUUCCGCCGUCGAGUCCGCCAGGCCCGGUGGCACCGCAGGUGCAGGAUGGGGCAGAUGGAGCAGAGGCGGCGGCGGUGGCGGCGGCGGCGGCUCCGCCAAGGGGCGGUCGUCGACCGCUUUGACGUUUGGCCGGAAGCUGCAGGAGGGCUUGGAGGCUGCGCUUGUGAAGCUCGGUGCGGUGGGCAGCCGGCGACGCUUGUCUGGUGACGUCGGCGGCACGCGGGAUGGGACCAGCAGCGCCGCUGCCAGGCGCGUGUAGGGCAGCGCGUAGCGGGGGGGGGGGGGGUUGUAAGCUGUGCCUUGCGUCAAAGGGGGCGGUGGGCAAAGAUGAGGGGUCAAGUGUGGCAGUCCAGACUGUGUUCGGCGGUGCAUGCAGUGAAUGUGGCAUUGCUAAUGCUUGUCCUCGAGCGGAUCGAGUUACAAGCUAGUACGCGUAGUGACAACGAAAUAACCUAGUCAUGACAUGAUAAGAAGGGUGUUCCCGUCCAGACCGCUCACUCCUUCUGUGAUUGUUGGCGAUGUCUGUGAUAAUGUCGUGGAAAGGGUAAUUGUUAGGUUGUCGUGUCGUUCAAUGACUCUGCCUUCGCACAUGUCUGGCCCGCGUUAGUUGGUUUCUGGGCUGCUUUCACAGCAAGAUGCAUGUCGGUAGGCAAGGCACACACACAUAAUACCAUGAUAAUGUUUAUGUAUAUGGCAACAGGGCAAAGAUGUCAACCACGACAACUAUAUGUAUGGGGCGCAUUGAAUGAUUGGGCAUUGAAUGGAUAUGGCAUAUGGCAAACAACACGAGCACCAAUGGCUCUUCUUUUGAAAGGCCACCAAGUGGGAAGCGCAUGUAUGGGUUUUGGGGAAACCUCAUCACCCUUCUUUGUUUAGGACGUAUCUGCAGCCUGGUCAUGGCGGUUGGCAACAGCCGGGUGGUAGGCUUCCGGGGCCGUGCGCCGCGUGCUGGCUUGGCGGCUGCGUUGCAUGAUGGUUCAUGCCACUGGCAGCCUAGUGCAGUAGGCUAUCGGGGGUUGGGGGCGGGGGGAAGGGGGGAGUUUACUCCAAUCCCAACGAGUAAACAGCAUUGGUGUUGGCGUUGAAUACCUCAAAAGAAGAGAAGAUUCACACCAAAACUGCCUGAAGACGGAUGCUAUGCGAAUGGGACUCCGUAGUACGGUAAUGCGGUUGGGGGCUGGGGGCUGGGGCCACUGCAUGCAUUUUGCACUUAAACGCAUGGGAGGUGCCGUAAUACCGGUAGGCUGGAGGUGCAAAUGGUCGGAUUGCGGUGAAGUGGAGGUGUGAAACGAGAAGGGCUGUGAGCAUGCGGGGUUGUGCGUGUGAGAGCAUCCUAGGAUUCCUAGCUACGUGAGACUGUGCUUUUCCCGGGGCGCUGCUUGCAAACCUCCUGCCAGCUUGCGGCACGUUGCUGCUGGGAGUCGUGCUGCGUGUGGGUUGUGUGCGAGCGAGGCGUUGAUUCAGCUGGAUCCCUUGCUAACUCAGGAUAUGGCGUAGCAUUUGAGCGAGCAUCGCUCAGCGAGGUUUCAAUUAUGCACGUGCAUACACGGAGGGUAAAAGCGUGGCACAUUCCAACAGCCCUAGUAGAAAUGGUAGGGUCACUUUGCAGUCUUCUGCAAGGUCAGAGGCCCGAAGCACUGCUUAAUCUAUGAAGUAGCAAAUUAUUGUGUUUGUCGUAGACAAGUAGGCCUGGGGCGCGGCAAACCGCCACGUUGGCGUCUGUGUGCGGCGGCCCGCAGGGCGGGAAGCUGUUGGGGGCAGGAUGAAGCUGUGAGCACCCGGCUCCAGCCGCGCAUGGAGAGUGUGAGAGAGGUGGACCCGCCGGAACCGGUGCUAUCACUGCUGGCGAAACGUGCAGUCGUACGUAAUCCCACAGAGGGUGCUGAGACAGGAGCCGUCACCCGCCGUCACGGCAUGCCGCCACUCGACAGUGUUGCCGUCGUGCGUGGUACCCUGCGUAGCACGGAACACGUAUGGGCUGGCGCCGGCCUCCGGGAAAGGUUGUCUUAGUGUGAUGCGCCUUUGAGCGCGCUCAGGUGGAGUCUUCUGGACCUCGCUUGAUGAGUUUAUGCGAUGAAUCUCACGUCAGACACGUGCAGGGGUGUGCAGGGGACGGCAGGGGUUUGCUCCCCUGCACUGUCAGACUGUGUAUGUCACGGACGCGUGUGUGUGCGUGCGUGUGUGCGUGCGUACGUGCGUACGUGCGUGCGUGUGUGUAUGUGUGUGUGUGUGUGUGUGUGUUAGUGUGCUUCUGUGCUAGUGUGCUUGUGUGCUAGUGUGUUUGUGGUGUGUGUAUGUAGCGCUGCCUCGCUGCCCUGAACCAACGCCUGUCCGCCUCCAUGGAGGUGUGCAGAUAGGGAUGGGGGCAGGAGGCGUGGGCGGAGUGCGCGGAGGACAAGGCUACUUGAGCCUUCUGAGCGUUGCCGGUUAGGGGCACGGACCCAAAAGUUUCUAAUGUAAGUUUGAUCCAUG